CAACUUCCAGCAUUACCACCUCCAGUACCUACACUGACGUUCCACCAUCACUACGAGUACGCUCCGUACCCGCCCCAUACUAUAACUGGCGCCCAACACGAUCAAAGACACGCAUGACGCACAUCUUCUUCUUCUUCUACUAUAGGUAUGGACAAGAUGGGCGCAAUCUUUGACCAGUGUGUCAUUGCCUUUGUACCAAAUCGGGAGCUCCCCGACUCACUAAUAGCUGAUGUGAGCCGCCUAUCUAUGUCCUCUAGUUGAAUCCGACAUUUACUAAUGCGAGGUUUAGUAUCGGAAGAAGAUUGAGGGCAAUGGAGGAACAACCCCGAAGGCCAGGCGCGACGGAAGCAUCAAACUGGAAGAUGUCACCCAUAUUAUCUCGACCACUGCUGAUUUCCCCCAAUACCGCGAGGCACGGGAAAUGAUGAUCAAUGUUGUCAGACCAACAUGGCUGCUGGAAUCCAUCAUGAGGAACAAGCCGGCCCUAACACGGCCACACACACCAGAUCCAAAUUUGAUAUUUCACAAUGUCACGGUAACUUGCGCUGAUCUACCAGAAGGUGACAAGGAUGCAAUUGUUGGGGGUGUUCUGGCCAUGGGGGGAACGGAGUCGAGCUCUUUGACAAAGGUGGUUACGCAUAUUUGUGCUCUAACCAUGGAUCACCCCAAGGUCGCGCUUGCACUCGAGAAGGGAGUGAAUUGUAAGAUUGUAUUGCCUCACUGGUACGUUUAUUCAACUCCCUAAUGAUGCUAGUAUAUGCUAACUUUGAAUGAGGUUCCAUGAUUGCUUGCGCCUAGGAAAACGUAUCAACGAGCUUCCAUAUUUACUUCCCGACCCUGAGAUACUAAAAUCAGAACCCGAUGCUCGCCUGGAUAUACCCUCGUCGGAAAUCAUCAAAGGGGCUUCAACUCCUCGACCAGACAUUCUACCUAUGGCGACUGACUCUCCACGGCAUUUAAAUGUUUUUCAAGAUAAAAGGCUGAUGAUAUCCGAGGACCUGAACAUAGGUGGUAGAUUACGGAAAGUGAUUGAAGACCUUGUCGUGGGAGGUGGGGGAAUUAUCACAACCUCGGUCCAUAAUGCAGAUAUGUACGUCUUCCAAUGGCGUGGAGGAAGAGAUUACGCCAUUGCAUCAUACGCUGGUAAGGAUGUUGGCAAUCUUUCCUGGCUUUACUAUCUCAUCACGCAUAAUGAGUGGACGUCUCCUAUGAAGAGGCUAUUGCAUUAUCCCUUGCCGAAAGAUGCCAUACCUGGUUUCAAAGACCUCAAGAUAACCUUGUCGAACUACGGCGGGGAUUCUCGAACUUAUUUGGAAAAUCUCGUUCUAGCCUGUGGUGCUGAGUUUACCAAGAGCAUGAAGGAAGAUAAUACCCAUGUAAUCACAGCACGGAAAUCGGGAGAAAAAUGUGAUGCGGCCGCUGAGUGGAAUAUUGAGAUGGUGAACCACCUUUGGAUUGAGGAGAGUUACGCUAGAUGCGAGAUUCAACGGAUCACAGAUCCUCGAUACACCUGUUUUCCACCGCGAACCAACUUGGGAGAGAUCAUCGGCCAAACGUCGUUUGAUAUGGAGACUCUUCAACAAGUUUACUUUCCGAAAGAACCUACACCUAGUCCAGAAAAACCUGGCCCAUUGAAGCGACCUGAGAUGAACCAAAAGGGACACAAGGAAAAAACCCCGGAGCUGCCUGAAGACGUUAAUAUGGAUGACGACGAUGAUGUGCAUGUUCCACCAGUAGUUAUUCCAGCCAAAAAGUCGGGUUUACCACGUGGACGAUCAAAAUCCACGACGACUCUUCCAAAAGGAACUACAACCCCCAUAGCCAAUCGACGCGUCAGUGCUGGAAAGGAGAUUGACACUCCGUCAUCGACAAACAGCCGAAGCGCUAAAGACCGUGCUUUGACGAAUCUGCAUGGGAUGGCACCUGAUAUUGCACUUUACGAAAAGGAGAAGAAGAGAAAAGGGUCGGUUUGGGGCGGGGAACGGGCUGCUAAUAGAAUCGACAAGGAGAGACAAGAUGAACGCAACUCAAGUCCGGCGGUCAAAGAGCCACGCGAAAGAGAGGAUUCCGAGGAUGAGAAUACUAACCCCAAGCGCCAGCGAACAGGAUUACCACAGGUUAGUAUGCGCCUUCUUGUGACGUCUUACGGACCAUGGGUUGCAAACACAGCGAGAGAAGACAAAGAUAAGGUAAACGUCGCGGUUGUUUGGGUAUCUUGAAAUCUUCAUGCUGAUUAUUCCACAGAGAAAAAUGCGCGAGCUUGGAGUUCUGGUCGUUCAAGAUCCAAUACAAUGCACUUAUCUUGCUGCCCCAAGAAUGGUCAGAACUAAGAAAUUUCUUUGCGCCCUUGCUACUGGACCGACCAUACUACACACCAGUUUUAUUGAAGCUUGUGGGAAGAGUUCCGUCUUACCCAAUACUGAAGCUCACCUACUCAAAGAUACGGAGAACGAGAACAAAUUUGAUGUCAAGCUGAAAGACGCGGUCGUACGAGCCAAAGCCAACAAGCGAUCACUACUCCGACAUGUCCCAAUUUAUUGUACCAAUGAUGUACCGAAUGGGCCUGAUACAUUCAAAUCCAUCGUCCAGGCUAACGGGGGAAUUUUCUCGCUCUACACCGGGAAAAUUUCGCUGAAGAAGGUCGAUCCUAAAGACGAUCCCAAUGGCCCGGAACCCGUGUAUCUCAUUACCGGCGAGAAGCCAGGUGAUCGCAAACUCUGGCCGGGAUUCGAAGCUAUGGCAAAGCGAGCCAAUAUGAUCCCAAGGAUUGUGACCACAAGCUGGAUCCUGGAUGUUGGUAUGGCUCAACAAUUGAUAUGGAAAGACGAGUACCUCAUCGACCCGUAGGCCAUAAGUCAUAGGGACAAGCUGAGAAGUUGAUGUACUAGCUACUCUGUAACUUUUUUUCCGUUCUUUGGGAGUGGGAAGUGGCAAUAUGUAAUGACAAACAAUACCCGU